AAAACCUCCUAUCCCCUUGUAUCCCAUCAAGACUAUUGAAUGUGGCGUCGAUCAGCUAAAAGUAUCACCAAUAAUAGCCGUUAUGGACCAGAUUCGAUCCAGGAACUAUUGGGUCUAGACCGGAAGAUCGACACUAUUUGCUUAAGACCAAGUCCAUCCCCACGCCAAGACAUGUCCAUCUCUGUUCUGUCUCAUCAAGCUGUCUGUCUCUCGUUAACAUUCGCUCAGCUGUCAUAAUGCGUGUCUUAUCUUUUGCCCUGGCUCUUUUUGCGGCUGAUAUGGUCGUUGAAGCUGGAGUGUGCAAACCCGCUCGCACAACCACGGUCGCAACUUCAAUCGUUGAGUCGUCUACUGCCACCGCUUCCGCUGCCUCUGAGACCUCAUUCACCGAGUCGUUGACCUCUGCGACUGAGACCUUGAGCACCGACUCGAGCGAGAUCUUGACGGCUUCUACCACUGAGGCUGAAACCACCUCGACCGAGGCUGUUUCCACGACCACUGAGGAAGCUUCCACUACAACCACCGCAGGCCCAUCUUACACACCCGGCUCCCUCGUCGGCACCGGGCCCGUCGCUGGCCUCACCCUCCACGGCACCGACUCGCGCUUUAUCCCCCUAUCCUUCACGCCAUCCGACUCAACCCAAACCCUGAUCUUCACCCUCGCAGCCAACGGCCAGCUCGCGACAGGCAACAACAACAACUACCUAUGCUUGAACUACAAGCCUUCGGGUGUUCUUGGCCCGCUUGUCCUGUGCCCCUUCGAUGACUUCACUAACGCUCCCUUGAAGUGCACACGGGCGGCCAGCGGCACCCUUUCUUGUACUGCGCCGAAUGGAUCAUGCGAGGCGAGUGGAACUUGCAGGCGACCUAACAAUGCAGCCGCGUUCUCUCAGCUCUAUGUGGAUGGUUCUCAGAACGGCUAUUUUGGUCCCUCCGAUGGGAACUUUGGGGCGGAUUACACCGCUAUUGACGUGAUCCUUGCCGAAUGAACAUGGGGCUAAGGCUAUGGCGAUAUGGAGACUGAAAUCGAGAGUCUCUUCUUAAUGUCUCUUACUUUUUGGAGAAACGAAAAAUUAUUCUUCUAUAUGUAGAACCUGAAUACCUUUCAAAAUCUUUUUUCGCUG